AGAACAUAACAUAACACAGCAGCUAUAGAUGCUAUCGGUAGGCGUCUAUGGGAUCACAAACCGGGAGGAGGAGGAGGAGGAGGAGAAGGAGAGGGGAGAGAGAAGUGGAGGGGUCGUUCGAUCAAUGCGCGAAUUUUAUCGAAGAGGAGGAAGAUUCGAAGACGGCCGACUAGGAGGCGGGCCGGCGGCGGCAGAAGGGAGAAGGAAGGACGAUGUGGAUGUCGAGUAGGAUACAUCUUCUUCUUCGACUAGAGGAAACGUGAUGAAGGGGGAAGAGAGGGGAAGAGGACGAAGGAGGAGAAGGGGAUGAAGAGGCGGAUAACAGACACAGAGAUCCACGCAAAAGAAAACUCGCGUAGGAGGGGGGGGGAGAGAUUGACGGCCGGGAGCGCGGCAAUGUGGUGCUAUUGCCGGGCUCUGCGGCACAUGCAUUGCAUUUGGUCCCCUCGGUAGUAUCGCUGGGCGGUUUUCAUUGAAAUAGUUGCUCGAUCUCGGAGGAACAGAAGAUAGGAGGAUCGAGUACAAGUGACGCUUAACUCGACUAGGUUCGUGGGGAGAAGUUGAGACGAGUGAGGGAGAAGGUAGGAGGGAGGAGGGAGUGGGUUCGACUCGAGGAGGAGGAGGAAAGUAGGUAGUGCUGCAAUUAGUGCGGCGCGGUGGAAUCGUGCACCCAUCAGCGAUGGGCACACGUCAGGAGUCGGGACUUGUGCGGGGGGGCGGCAAGCAAAUGGUGACAAGAAAUCUGAAGACAAGACGAACGACGACGGAACGGCGGCGAGGCCGGCCACGUGUCUUCUUGGACAACCUGAUGGCUGUCGGGUUGCCGCUGUUCGUGAUGGUGUUCGCCUUCACCAUAGCUGUGGGAGCUCGUCAGGUCCAGAGAUCGACGAACUGGGCGAAGAGUGAGCAUGGAGAGAGGAGAUUGAUGACAGGCGCAGUGAGUCCGCGGUCUUUCCGUAUAGUCAUGCCGUCAGAAACAUCACUAUUAGGAGCAGCCGCCUUCGAUAAUGAAGCUCUUGCAGGUCAGGAGCAGUUCUUGUCUUCUUCUUCUUCUGGGCCGUUGACCAAUGACACGGAGACGAAGACUGUCCAGCAGGAGAAGCUGAAGUCGGAGGAGUGUGAGAUGUCUUACAAUGUGCUACCUUGCUCGACCAAUGUGGUGGGCAAUUUAUUCUUAAUGUGGGCGUUCGGGACGAUCCUCCUCACUGCGGCGAGAUUCAUCUCUGAAGGAAGCGAGCUGCUUCUCGAGCUUGCCAAAGCGUAAUUGCAAUAGCGUUCUUCUCCUCCGCUGCUACGUUUGUCCAACGAUCUUCCCAAUGAAAUGAGAUCAAACGC